CUGCAGACCAUAUUCAGUAUCUAGUCUGAAAAAUCCGAAGUUUCAACAUGGUGGGCUGGCACAAACAUUUACAGUCAGUAAUCCGUAAUGUUGGGAGAAGAUGGGAGAACAGUUAUCAAACCUCUAUAAGGUCUUAUAGUCACUAUGCCGGGACAUCUGUUAUGCCUGCAGGAAAGCUGGCUUAUGCAGAGACCCUACGGAAUCCAAUUCCUUUAACCUUCCAAAGACCUCUAUACAAUUAUAUACAGCAGUUGGGAAUUUCUAGUUCCAGAAAGUUACUCGCAGAUGCAUCUGAUGCAACACCAAUUUCUUCUCCACUGACGCCUCUCUUAACAUCAGGCAGUGGAAAAGAUGAAGAGAAAAAAGUGGUUGAAAAACGCGAAAAAGUUGAAGCAAUUUUAAAGAAAAUUAAAAUGAGUCCUAAGAAGCUGAACUUAGUUGCAGCAUUAAUUCGUGGAAUGCGUGUAGAAGAUGCAUUACUACAGUUGCAAGUAACUGUAAAACGCGCUUCAAAUACUGUCUACCAGGUUCUACACUCAGCGAGAGCAAAUGCAACACAUAAUCAUGGAUUAGAUCCAGAUCGUCUCCUUGUUGCCGAGGCUUUCGUUGGGAAGGGCCUUAACAUAAAGCGAUACUCAUACCAUGCUAAAGGAAAAUGUGGGGUAAGACUGGUUCAAAAAUGUAGAUUGACAGUUGUAGUCAGGGAAAUGACAGCUGAAGAGGAGACCAAACUAGCCAGGCUGAAAGUGAUGAAUUUCAAGAACCUUAGCAGGAGUGAAAGACGACUUUAUCCUCAUAAACUGAUUGAAACUACACCAAUUUGGAACCGAAGAGGCACACGCCCAUCUGGUGACACGCGUGAAUGAGCAAAUAAAUUUGUUUCCGAGGGUAACUAACUUAAGGUUUUCCACCAAUUGUUAUUUCCUGCAAAUAGACAAGGCUGUAGAACAAUAUGCAAGGUCAAAACUAGAAUAAAGGUUGGUUUUGCCUGUGGAAAACUGUUUGUUUAAUCAAGGAUCAGGUGUUUUUGGGUUCGGUUGAAACUAAAUUGCUGUUAUCUAAUAUUUACGAUGAUGAUCGAAUUUGGAAUUCAUUCUUGACACUGCAAUUUGGUGUUUUA